UCUGAAGCAGGUGUUCAACAUGGCGAUCUCGGGACUCGGAUCUCACUCUAUUUCACUGUUUUUCUACGUGAUUUUAGCUGCGUUUCUGCAUAAAGGAGCCGCUCAGACCACACCAGUGCAGGGUCAGAACCUGGUGACAAAUAAUGUCUCAGUGGUGGAGGGCGAGACGGCCAUCAUCAGCUGCCGGGUGAAAAACAACGACGACUCCGUCAUCCAACUGCUCAACCCCAACCGGCAGACUAUCUACUUCAGAGACGUUAGACCUUUGAAGGACAGUCGGUUUCAGCUGGUAAACUUCUCCGACAACGAGCUCUUGGUGUCCCUGUCCAACGUGUCUCUGUCGGACGAGGGCCGCUACGUGUGUCAACUCUACACGGAUCCACCGCAAGAAGCCUACGCCGACAUCACUGUACUGGUUCCACCAGGCAACCCAAUCUUAGAGUCCCGCGAGGAAAUCGUGAGCGAGGGGAAUGAGACCGAGAUAACCUGCACCGCCAUGGGCAGCAAACCUGCUUCCACCAUCAAAUGGAUGAAAGGCGACCAACCACUGCAAGGUGAGGCGACUGUGGAGGAGUUAUACGACAGGAUGUUCACUGUCACCAGCCGGCUCAGGCUCACCGUCUCUAAGGAGGACGAUGGAGUGGCCGUCAUCUGCAUCAUUGACCAUCCAGCCGUGAAGGACUUCCAGGCCCAGAAAUACCUGGAAGUGCAGUAUAAACCAGAAGUGAAGAUUGUGGUGGGAUUCCCAGAGGGUUUGACCAGAGAAGGAGAAAAUCUCGAGCUGACAUGCAAAGCUAAAGGAAAACCGCAGCCUCAUCAAAUUAACUGGCUCAAAGUGGAUGAUGAUUUCCCCUCCCACGCCUUGGUAACUGGCUCUGAUCUCUUCAUCGAAAACCUUAACAAGUCCUACAACGGAACGUACCGCUGUGUGGCAUCUAACUUAGUGGGAGAAGCCUACGAUGAUUACAUCCUUUAUGUAUACGAUUCAAGAGCAGAUGGAGCGCCACAGAAAAUUGAUCAUGCCGUCAUCGGCGGAGUUGUCGCAGUGGUUGUGUUCGCCAUGCUUUGUCUCCUGAUUGUUCUUGGCCGAUAUUUCGCCAGACACAAAGGGACCUACUUCACCCACGAAGCUAAAGGAGCGGAUGACGCGGCGGACGCCGACACUGCCAUCAUCAACGCAGAGGGCGGACACAACAAUUCGGAUGACAAGAAGGAAUACUACAUUUAA